AUAAAAGUAAUGUUUAUAAAGAUGUCCUCAAUUUGGAAUGAGGUCAAUAAUUAAUGUAGGAAAUUGUAAUCUUUGUGAUGGAUCUCAUUUUACAAAAAAUAGCAAUAUAAAAUGGUUCGUGGGAACAGAACCAAUUGAAACAUCGGCGGACGACACAUCAAUAGAUAAGAGUGCUUUGAGUUGCAGAGCAAUAACACCACAUUUAAAGGAAGCUUCAGCUAUUUUGACUAAUAUCACAGACGAAGAAUCUCUUAAUAAGGAAGGACCACAAAGAAAAGUGUACCAAUAUGCGAAAUACAGUAUUACAAAUAUGAACCUUAGUACAGAUUUAAGUUAUUGCAACAACAAACCAGGAGAAUGUUCCAUACUCUCACUUCGGAUUCUAAUUAAUCUUACUACGUAUAAAAAAAAGAAAGUAUGGUGUUCGUCCUAUAAACCAAACAAGAUGGAGGAUCGGUGUAUUUAGUCAUUUAUAUCAAAAUCUACGUAAAUUUCCAGAUAGAUUCUUUCAAUAUCUACGUAUGUAUGUCUCUGCAAUCUUUUGAUAUAUUGCUUGAAAAAGUUCGUCCUAAAUUAACAAAACAAAAGAAAGCAAUUCGUGCAGAGCAGAGGCUCGUUUUGACCUUGAGAUUGUGUUUUGAAAUGGCUUUCAAGAAGACAAAAUUCAAUGCCAGUACAGAUUGACUCAGAAAUCUUUCGUGUAAUUCCCAAGCAUAUGCGCAAGCGAAUCAAAAGUGCGAACGGAUGUAACAAUCAAAACAUCGCUUAAGCUUUUAAAAUUGCACACUACCUUUAUUUGACUUUUAAAAAAGUAAUAAGUGGUUGAAAUAUUUCAUACUACUAAUGUGUUAUAUUAUA